AAGGACAAGACUUGCCCUCCACCGCAGGAGACACUUUGCCUCUGCACCCUCAGUUGGCACCACUUGGUGCACUGGGUCUUCAGGACUGGGGGCAGAGACCCUUCUGGAGGUGGAGACCAUUGGCACACUGGGAAGCCAGGCAAGAAGGAAAGCAUCACUGCAGUGCUGAUGGCUUCUUACCCAGCAGAGGCAGCAGGGCUCCGUCCAGAGAGUUCCAGGUCUGCGCUCACACUUGGACUCCAGCAUUCCCGCCCUUGCAGCUUGGGCAGCUCAGACCCCUUUGUCGAGCCUUCUGAGUGGCUUCAACGGCAUGGCUUUUUAUCGUCUCCCAAAGCCCAUCCCAUCCGUUUUCCUUGCUGGUUUGGGUUGUUCCACACCUCUCCCAUGUGACUCACGAGAAGGUGGCCCCAGCUCCACGUUAAAUCCUGAUGGAUCUGAGGCAGCCAUCUUCGCCCCAUUCUCCUCAGCUGUGCCCUGUUUGGAGCAGGUUAUGUCGGACCCAGGCUGGACAAGAAGUCAUGAGGGGAAGCUGGCACAAGAAAGCAUAUACAGAACAUACGUAGAACAUGUGUAACAGUAGAAGAUGGGGAAUAGCAUGUGGUGGUUUAAAAAUAUUGCCAUAAAUUCUCAUAUUCAGUAUUCAUUAAGAGAAUUCAUAUUCCAUAUUCCCAUAAAUAAAUGCACUCCUCCCUUCAAAAGAUGGCGCUUAAUCCUCUCCCCUUGAGGGUGGGGUGUAUUUAGUAGUUCACUUCUAACACAGAAUGUGGCAGAAGUUAUGCCAUGUGAGGUCUGAGGCUCAUAACAUAGCUUCCACCUGGUCCUUCCUCUCUCUCUCUCUCUCUCUCUGGCAUCUCUCAUUCUGGGGGAAGCUGGUCGCCAUGUUGUAAGAACACUCAAGCAGCAUUGGGAAAGCACCAACCAUGUUAAGGAGCCAUCCUGGAAGCAGAUCUCACUACCCCAGUCGAGCCUUCAGAUGAUGCUGUCCUAGCCGACUUCUUCUUUUUUUUUUGUGGGCGGGGGGGAAUCUUAGUUCCCCGACCAGGGACUGAAUUCGUGCCCCUGCAUUGGGAGCGCAGAGUCUUAACCACUGGACUGCCAGGGAAUUCCCCCAGUCGACUUCUUAUUGGCAGCGUCCUAAAGACUCUGAGUCAGAGCCCAUCCAUGCCACUCUCAAGUUCUGACUGACAGAAUCUGUGAAGAUGCGCCCAGCCUCCGAUGGCUUCUCCCCUCCCAGCUGCUGGAACCAGCUUGGCCGUGCAGCCCGCUCCUGGACUGGGCCCUGCCCUGAUCCCGUUUCCCGAGGCCGCCCAGCUACCCAGGCCCAUUACUCCAGUGGGGUAUGGCGGGUACCAGCCCCACCCCGGCCAGGACCUCGGUUACGGCGGCCAGCCCCAGGAGCCUGUGCCGGCGGCCACCACGGCUCUCUCCUACCAGGACAGUUACAGCUAUGGACCAUCGACAGCCGCUGCUGGCUACGAGAACAAACGGGACCCGCCACCUGCUGCUGGCCAGCCUCAGCUCCCAGCCAUGGCCACGGCCACGCUCUGCCCACCAGGGCCCCAAGGAGCCUACGGUGGCAUUGGGUACAACCAAGCGCAGCCCCUGCCGCAGGUGCCCACCGCCGAGGCGGGGCAGCUGGCCAGCACUUUGCCCUCCGCCUCCACCUACCCCCCGGUGAGCAGCACUCAGCCCGCGGCCUCCUUCCUCUCCACCCUGCCUUCCUCAUCCUCGUUCGGCCUAGCCUCCGCCCCGUACACUGGACCAAGCUACCCGAUCUAUGAUGCAUCUCCGUACUCAGCAGCCAGUCCUCACUAUCCCUCGCUGCUCCUCCCACGGAUGCGGCCGCCCCCGCUCCCAGAGCCCGUGGACUCGUCCCUGUGGGGCGGCGCGGGCAGCAGUCCCAGUGCCCGUCGCACCGACAGCUUCGCCAAGAAGCUACCAGUUGCCGCCAAGCUGCCGAAACCAAGGGGUGGCCCCAAGCAGCUCCCGCUUCACUAUUGUGACGUCUGCAAGAUCAGCUGUGCUGGUCCCCAGACCUACCGCGAGCACCUGGAAGGGCAGAAGCACAAAAAGAAAGAGGCGGCUCAGAAUAUGGGCAUCCAGCCCAACGGCAGCCCACGAGGGGUGCAGGCGCAGCUGCACUGCGACCUGUGUGCCGUGUCCUGCACUGGGGCGGAGGCCUAUGCUGCCCACAUCCGGGGGUCCAAGCACCAGAAGGUCUUCAAGCUGCACACCAAAUUGGGGAAGCCCAUUCCCAGCAUGGACCCGGCGCCAGCGAACUCGGCCCAGGCCACCAGCACCAGCCAGCCGGCCUCCACCCCCCUCACCGCAGAGAGCCCCCCCGCGGCCCCUGCCAGCCCCAGCAUGUGUGCCCCAAGCACGCCAGCCCCAGCCAGGAGACCGGCUGCCUUGAAGGCCUCGCACGUGGGGCCUCCUGCGCUGCCGGCGGCAGACGGCAGACCCCCCCAGGGGAAACCAGCACAUCCCAGAUCAGAGCGGCCCGGAGAACCGCCCGCCCAAGGAGGCUCUGCGGAGGCUUCUGGAACGUGCUGUGACGCACAGCCUGUGGGCCCAGGCUACGUGGAGGAGGUAAGUGCUGGGCGUCCGGCCAUCGGCUCACCCCGCUCCACCCUGGGCUCCGGUGAAGGACCUUGCGGGGCCAGGCCUCGAGGCCUCGUUCCAGUUCUCCCCCUGAGACUUGCACACCCGCCCCGGGCAGACCUCAGUGAGCCAGCAUCCCUUGGAUCUCACUGGAAGGCCCGGGUGCUGGGCUUCAGAUCUUAGAAAGAAGGCCCGAGACAGGCAGAGGCGUUUCCUGCCGCCGGGCAGCCCCUCUUCCUGUGGCAGGGAAGGUGGCAGGAGGGAUCUGUGUCCUGGAAACCCACGGGCACGUGAUCCUCGGGCACAGGAGCCGGUGUGCACCCCACACAGCACCACCUGCACGCCCGGGGCUUUGUGGAGCUCAGGUUCUGAGCCCCUCCCCCCGGGCCCACAGUCCCAGCCUCCCGGG